GAUCUGUAACCAGGAGAUCGUCAAGUUCGACCUGGAGGUGAAAGCGCUUAUCCAGGAGCGCCUCCUGACAGUAGAGGUAGAUUGCAGAGGUGGCGACCAGCUGUGGCUAAAAAUGAAGGACAGCGGGUCUCCCCAGGCAGACCAGCCGCAGAACGAUCCAGGCUGAGUGAACCACAGACAAGAGAAGAGGCUUGGUGCCAACGUUGGAAUUUCCUGAACUUCACUUCUCCGAUGUACAAUCUACAGAAGGAUAUCCAAGACUGUUCUGGACCCUUAAGUGCACUUACCCAACUGAAUACUAAAGUGAAAGAGAAAUUUCAACAGCUACGGCACAGAAUACAGGAACUUGAGCAGUCAGCUAAGGAGCAAGACAAAGAGUCGGAGAAGCAGCUUCUACUGCAGGAAGUGGAGAAUCACAAAAAGCAGAUGCUCAGCAACCAGACCUCCUGGAGGAAAGCCAACCUCACCUGCAAAAUUGCAAUUGACAACCUAGAGAAGGCAGAGCUUCUCCAGGGAGGAGACCCCCUAAGGCAAAGGAAAACCACCAAAGAGAGCCUGGCGCAGACAUCGAGCGCCAUCACGGAGAGCCUCAUGGGCAUCAGCAGGGUGAUGUCGCAGCAGGUGCAGCAGAGUGAGGAGGCCAUGCAGACUUUAGUCAAUUCUUCGCGGACCAUCCUGGACGCAAACGAGGAAUUCAAGUCCAUGUCCGGGACCAUCCAGCUGGGCCGGAAGCUCAUCACGAAAUACAACCGCCGCGAGCUGACUGACAAGCUGCUCAUCUUCCUGGCGCUGGCCCUCUUUCUCGCCACAGUCCUCUACAUCGUGAAGAAGCGCCUCUUUCCAUUUCUCUAACAUCCGGGAGCGGCCAGCUUGGUUCUCCUCAGGCCCCUGUCUCAGGAGCCAUCCAGCCCGAGCUCCGGCCAGGCUGCCAAACUGAGCCAGUCCCCAUCUGCUCCGGUUGCUCAGCAGGUCAGAGAGGAGACUCAGCCCCCAGCUUUUCUGCAGGUGACUGGUGUGUAAAGGGCAGGCAGAGCAAUGGGCUGCUUGUGUGACACAGGGACUCCGAGGGCACUGGGCAGUUGAGCACUGUGGGUGGCUGCCACAGGGGCACCAGCUCCAGAUGCCCUGCCCCCCUGGAAGCUUAGUGCCCAGUCUGGUGGGGGGACAAGAGAAGAGAUGGAAGAAGGGUGACACAAACUCCCGGUCAUUCCUUGAAUAAACUAGCCUGUAUUCAGUAGA